AUGUCGGGCCGCGGCAAGGGCGGGAAGGGGCUGGGCAAGGGUGGCGCCAAGCGCCACCGGAAGGUUCUCCGCGACAACAUCCAGGGCAUCACCAAGCCGGCCAUCCGUCGGCUGGCGCGGCGGGGCGGCGUGAAGCGCAUCUCGGGGCUCAUCUACGAGGAGACCCGCGGUGUGCUCAAGAUCUUCCUGGAGAACGUCAUCCGCGACGCCGUCACCUACACCGAGCACGCCCGCCGCAAGACCGUCACCGCCAUGGACGUUGUCUACGCCCUCAAGCGCCAGGGCCGCACCCUCUACGGAUUCGGCGUCAGAUCUGGGAUGGAAUUGAAGUGGUUUACCCUUGAAUUCUUCUGCAAUCUCUCACUCUGUUCAUGUUGA